GCGUCGUCGCGACGCUCCUCUCUCUAUUUCUCUUUCUCUCUCUUUCUCGUUCCUCUCAGCUCUUUCGGUGGCAUUCGUAGCAUCGCGAUGCGUUCUUCCGUCGAUUAUUCCAUCGAAAGAGAGACAUCAUUAAUUUCCCUACGAUAAAUACAAACCAUACGAACUUGAUCAUUGAAAACGACCGGCGGGUAUAUAACAAAUAAUAAUAAAACAAGUUUUUAUCGCCAUUAUUCGAAAGUGUUUCCUUCAAUCUACACACCACGAGAAAAGUACAUGUAUUUCCUACAGAGGAGUUAUUAGAGGCGAAGGGGCGCCUUUUUUGUGUCAGAAGAGUGAAAAGGGAAACCAAAUCGUGAAGUUUUACUAGACGUGAUCCAUCUUGGUGUUCCGAUGAAGUGAUCUAUCGAUUCUUGUCGUGGAACAUAUCAGUCCCUCAAGAUUCUUCGCCUCUAAAAGUCACGCACGAGCGUUUUUUUUCAUCCUUUGCCUUCCGAAGCGUGGCGCACUCACUCAAGCCUUAUCGACAUUCGUGGAUUUACUACUGCCGAAAGCUUUUCGACUCGUCCGCACCUCUAUAUACGCAAGCUGCGAUGCAUCGCGCGGUAAGGGUGCAUUACCAAAGGUCGAAGUCACGCAUCGUUUUUCAGAUGCGCAUGAACGACUCGUGAGUCACGAUUGGUCUUUCGAGUGCGUCAUCAGACGCGCUCAAACGCUCGCAAUCGUGCAGAUCCUCGACGCUCUCGACGAUGAAGAAGCAGUGCUUAAAAAAACUGGUUGGCCAUCAGCGAGACAGGUUCUCAAAAACUCGCGAUCGACAGGGAUGAAAGGUCAUUCAGAAACCUUCAAAGUACGUGUGCCUCGAGCGAGACACGGGUGUCUCGUCUGGAGAUUCAGCACCGUAGACACGAGGGGAAAUAAGCGGUUAACCGAUGACAAUGGAACACAAACAGACAAUCUUGCUGGCACCAUCACUGAGCAACAGCAGCUGUUGGAGAGGCGGCACGUCCGAAGCUGCUUGGACAGGUCCAGGUCCUGGAGAACUGAUACGAGCUACACUAAUAUUACUGCUAAGUCUUGGCAUUCUGUGCGCCAAUCUUCUGGUGAUAUGCGUUAUCAAUAACAGACGGUAUAGCAAGUAUAUACAUGCUCAGCCCAGAUAUCUGCUGACGAGUUUAGCGAGUAAUGACUUAGCGAUUGGUCUUCUAGUGACGCCUUUCGGUUUCUUACCAGCUGUUUACGGAUGCUGGCCAUAUGGCGAAGUUGUUUGUCAAAUUCAGGCACUUCUUAGAGGCGCUUUGACUCAACAGAGCGCUGUUAUCCUCGUCUGUAUGGCAAUCGACCGUUACGUUUGCAUGCUACAUCCUCAUCGCUAUCACAAGCACUCUUCUAAAAGGUAUUACAUGCGGCAGGGUUGCGUGGCGGUGAUGUCGACCACCUGGAUAGCAAGCGUGGCGAUCUUUGGGGUUCUCGUGCUCCCCAGAGGCGGUUACUACUUCAAUGGGUCUGGCCUUCUUGCCUGCGAUCCCUUCUUCGCUAGAGCGUCCUUUAGGAUCCUGGCGUGUUGCUGUUUUUAUUUUCCAACGACGAUGGUGCUGAUGUACUGCUACGGUUCGGCCUUCCACGUUAACAAACUACGCUUGAAAAGAGUAGUCUGCGUCAACACGCCGGAAGUCGUUAGCGGCGGCCAUAUAGAGAGGCUUGUUGCCCACGAAAGACGAUUGUCAACUUCGGCCUCGCGAACAAUGGCUGCAAUGAGUUUAGGUUUCAUCGUCAUGGUCACACCGUGGACAAUUCAGGAAGUCGUUGUAGCUUGCACCGGAAGCAAGCCACCACCGUUUCUCGACUUCUUGGCCACGUGGCUGGCUCUCUCCAACAGCUUUUGGAAUCCUUUCCUCUACUGGCUGCUCAACAAUCAUUUCCGCCGAAUUUCGCGGGAGCUUCUUUACACUAAGAUUCUGUGCAGAUCUAAGCCGUUAGGAACGAAACAACAUUGCUGCGCGACCAGCACCGGUGGCUUGGAUGUUUGCAGCAUCGCCGGUGUCGACCUAUCAGGUUUGGAGCGUUGCUCAAUGGAACGAUGCUCAAUGGCGCGUUGUUCCUCAUUAUCAUUAGCGAAUACGCCACCGCCGCUCCCUUGGGAGACCGGACAUAUGGCACAUAGCGACGCAGCAUCCACGUGAGCCAAAGAUGCCGCCACGCAGACGGAGGAUUACGGAUCUUCAGACGACGCCAGUUAGUACAGCGUGGCGGCAAGCCGGCAACCGACUUUGCUCCAACAGUUACGGGCACAAUAUCAAUCUUCUGUAUCUCUACAUCCGCGGGACAACGCUGCACCUUCGCUGGCACGAGGGAGAUUUUCGCGCGUUGCGAUGGUCGGGCCGGGCCAGUAUCAUCGAUACGAUCGACGGCAUCAUUUCGAGUACACGCGCUUCAGGAGCCUGCCAGAUCUCGUUCGGGAUCUAGAAUCGCGGUAAAACACUAAUUGCGAAUCAUAUUAUCGAAUCAGGGUACUAUCGCGCCGUUGUCGUAUCGCGGUUCGCAUAAGAAGGCUUGAUCUCACCGCGCUCUCAUCAGCACGUUAUAAUCGCGAAUUCCAUGCUCCGAAACGACAUACGUGAGAGCAUAUACGUGAAGCGUGUGUCGACACACAGCGAUUAGUUUUCGUCGCGCGACAAGAUCGAUUACGGAAAUUAAUUACGGCACCGACGGGGAUACUAAUCGCGCUGCUUUCGACGAUGUACAUGGAGAUGUUUAAUCACGGCGGAGCGCUCUGCGAGUGUUAACGUCAUCCACGCCCGCAUUUACCUCCUUCUCCACGAUUAAUUAUUAACGCGUGAGUGUUUUCAUACUACAAACGAUGCGCUCAGGCGUAUAAUUGAUCUUCCUUUUACGACUAACUUUUUCUUUACGAUUUUUCAGAAUAUAAAAUGAUUGUUUGAAAGUACAGAUCCAAAGUACUUCUUUCAGCAGUUCUUGAUUAAUUUAAAAUUGAAUCUUUCUAAAAGAAAUUUUAUUUUAUUUUGAAUAUCUUAUAAUGCAAUAGGCCUAGCGAUACAGUCACAAGUUAUAAAUGACGUAAAAUCAUAUGUCGAAUAGAUAAAAUAAAAUUCAUGAAAAAGGAAGAUA